AUGUCGUACACACGUCGUUUUUCGACUGCCUUUCCUCGUGGAUGCUUGAUACGUUUUUAUGCAACACUUGCCGCACCCCAGUCUUAUGUUAAACCUUUUGAUGCAUUACCUGGUCCGAGCCAGUAUCUAACGAUUCGUUCUUCCUUGAGGGUGCUGUGGCAAUCGCGGAAACGACCCUUAGGCAAAGAGCUCCUUAGUCAACAGUUCUCUGAUGUUGGUAAAUACGGACGGAUCUAUAAGCGGAAGUUUCCAACAGUUAAUAUUGUUGACAUCGCCGAUCCAAGCGCCGCACGAGAAGUGUUGGGCAUCGAGACCUUGGGACCUAAAUUCGACAGCCCUGUUCUCGAAUACUGCAAAGCGAAAGGCAAUGCUUGGAAAAGCUCGUUCUUCGCCAACGGUCCAGACUGGGACAAAUACCGCGAGUCUAUCAAGAGCCAAGUUACGAGACCACGAGAACUCGCCGAGUAUAUCCCGACAUUUAACCAAAUAAGCGACGAACUUCUCGAGCGUUUGAAUUCUCUUCGUACUCCAAAAGGUAGGAACUAUGAGUAUGAGGUUGUUAAUCUUGAAGAGGAGCUAAUAAAGUGGUCGUUCGAGACAGCGACGUACGCCAUGUUUAACCAGAGGUUCGGGUACAUGGAGAAGAGAGGUCACACGGAUGCACAAGUUUUUAUUAGUUCACUGCGAGGCUUUUGGGAAGCUUUAAUGCCUUUGACACUUUUACCUCCAUGGGUCUUUAAACUGUAUAAAUCCCAGUCAUACUGGAAACUCCUUCACAGCUUCGAUACUAUGUACCGCUGUGGUGAUCUUUUUAUUGGAAAAAAACUACACGAGUUGAAGCGUCAGGGAAACAGUAAAGCGCGCGACCACUCGGACCUAUUCGGCUUACUCUUGGCCAGCGGUGAACUGAUAGAAGAUGACCUUGUAGCGAGUGUGGUGGAGUUUCUCUUCACUGGCGUUGAUGCUGUGUCGAAUACGAUGCUGUGGGCACUUUACAUGAUGGGGGAAAACCCAGACAAGCAGUAUAAACUACACCACGAGGUCACAUCUGUCCUGGGACCAGACGAAGCACUGUCCGAUGCCGCCCUCAAACGGAUGCCGUACCUUAGGGCGUGGUUGAACGAGACGCUGCGUUUAUACCCCGCAUUUCCCACCCUUACACGUAAACUACCCCGUGAUCUAGGUCUUCUAGGGUACACUGUACCUUCCGGUAGCACUGUCAGGAUCUUGUCCUACUUCAUGGGCCGAGAUGAGACGGUCUUCUCAGAUGCGUAUCAGUUUAAACCUGAGCGAUGGAUUCGGAACGAUUUCAGCUCCGGCCCUCGAGACAUCCUCGAAGUAGCAUCGGCGCCUUUCGGUUUAGGCUCGGUAAUGUGCGAGGCACGACGCAUCGCCGAGCUGGAGUUGAGCCUACUGAUCGCUAAGACUGUACAGCGGUUUAUUGUGACGUAUCCUCAUCAUGAAAAGAUUGAGCCCUGUGCGAGAGGGGUGACGUCACCGGACAGGCCAGUCCGGCUCAAAUUGUUGGACAGACCGUGUAAAUAAAUGUUCAUCCGAUAUUAACAGCCGAUAUAGGAAAAAUAUAAUGCAAAGAGAAUAUAAAAUAUAGAACAGGGGCUCAUUCCAUUUCGACCAUAUUCUCUUGCGAAAAUGUUUUAUAGAUUUAGUAAGAAGAGCUUACGGACAAGUGAAACAUGAGGAUUUACAAAGAGUAAUUUGAGAAGUCUAUAUACUAGGAAUUUUUAGUUAAGUAGCGCAAUUAGCUGCUUUGUUAGCAUAAAAACACUGUCUAUUCGCAACAGAUCGGUUUUCGCAACACCCUGGGUUUCAUAGGUUUUCCGUACCGCCGAAAACCGAAAAGCACAACGAUAGAAUGCCGAGGGAAGGGCUGGGACGGCCUUUCCGCUCGUCCAAUUAUCUAGACUUUCUCCCAAAGGGUAUUGUCGUGAAACUUAUAAAGAAAAAUAUAUUUAGAAUUUUAAGAAACUGUGACUGAUCAAUAGGCUUUAUUGUUUGUUAUGUACAGUUUCUCUUUGAUUCGUUUUACGAAAAUCACUCACAAGCUUGGUCAUUUGCAAAGCAUAGAAAUAUUAUGGGCUGUAUCAUGAUCACACGCUUAAGUGCUUCGCCUAAGAAUAGACAGGUGAACCGGAAGUGGCUUCACUGACCGGAAAUAUGCGUGCUUGUCUAGUUAUGCCAUAUAAAAUGUUUCUUGUCAAAAUAA